AAGCGCAUAAAUCUGUGACGUAGUUCACACUUCCUGUGAACUGAAGAAAAUGACAAUAAUCUUUGAGUUAGGGCAUUUAAUAUUUGUGACCUGAAUAUGUCACCUUUUAAAAGGUACAUGGAUCAAACAAUCUUAGAGCUUGUGAGUAACACAACAUACAUGUACCAUAGAAGUUCAAGAUCAGAAAGUAAUGCUUAGACAACCUGUAAAGGAACUGUUUAUCAAUCAACGUGAAGGUGAAGCAGAAGCACAUUACACCAUGGAACCAUUUGAUAAGUAUACAGAUACACAUUUCUAUGGCUCUGUUGAACAGUCUAAUGAAACUGUGCAAAAUGCUACAGAAAUUGCUGUAGAUGACAGUAUUACCUGUACUAGUAUUCAUUUUGAAGAUUCAAGAAUGUUUAGACCAACAUUGCUAGCUCUAAAAAAGGAAUCAAAUCAUGAAGUAAAUCUUCACUCUGAACAACAUAAUGACUUAACUUCAGAAAAGACAAAAAACAGUACGCAAGAGCAUGUGCUGGUAAAGUUAAUUGAAGAAGACAAAUUAGAUGUUUAUGUCCACACAAAUGUUGCUAAUUCAGCAGAAAUUGACCCUUGCUGUUCCUCAAAGCAAAUGGAUGAAAGGUUACUAAAUGAACACACUGAAGGAGUUGACAAAAACAUGCUUGAGGCUUCUGCAAUUUAUGGAAAUGACAAAUCUGCAAUUGCUAAAAUGGGAGAAGCCACAAUUUUUCCAAUUGCAAUAUUAGAAAGCAGACAGGCUGAAAAGCGAACAACUUCUUCUGAAAGAUCAUUGAUAUUACCCAUCUCUUAUAUUUCUGACGAGGAGGAAAAUUCUGGCAAGAAAUCUAAACGCGUUUGCCAAGAACAUCAUUGCAAAAAUUACCAUACCAAAUGUUCUUUGAUUUGUGACUCUUUUAAAACUGGGGAGAGUGAAAGAAUAGUGACCAAAGUGGAGGAAAAAAAGUUGUCAUGGCCUAAUGACAUGCUUGCUGGGGAAGUACAGGCUAUGGCUGAAACCCAGUAUCAAAAAGAGAGAACAAUGGAGGAUAUUGAGAGAGGAAUUUCUGGCAAUGUAGUGGAGCAUAAUUUGGAUGAUAAUGAUGAAAGGCAAAAGCAAAGUGUUCAAAAUAUGCCUAUGGAUACAUCAGAGUUUAACAAUUGCAGAAGAAGUGUUUGUGAUGAGAUUGAAGAAGAGUUUUCAGGGGCAGAGUGUGAUAUGUAUGUUGAUUUAGAUGUACUAAAAAACUGUGGUAGUGGCACUAUGUGUAGUGAUGAUGAUCUUGGACAAACUUUUGCCAAUUUUUAUGAUGGAAUUACAGCUGCUGAACCUUCAGAUGAGGCAGUAUUAACUUUAACAGACUCCUCUUCCUUUCAGCAUACUGAACAUGCCAAAAUUAAAUGUGAGAUAUCUGAUACAGAACCCAAAUCCGGGUCUGGAAAUAUAUUACUUACUGAUUCUGGAUUUAUUGAAAUAUAUUCCAGCUCACCAAGUAAUGACAGUUUAGAGAUAAGUUCAAACGCGUGUCAAAAUCAAACAAGUGUUGGUGAAAUUGUUAACCCUGACUGCACAAAUAGCGAUUAUGGAAUUGAAGAGUCAUGUUCUAGUUAUAAGAAUGAUUCAAAAAGUGUGGGAUUAGCACAUAUUGGUCGACUAUCAUGUAAUGACCCCACCUCGAGUGCUCACUAUUGUAAAAAUGAUGAGUCUACGGAAUGUGAGGGUAACAUAAAUGCACACAUAAUUGGCCUACACUACCCCCUGCUGAUUCAGAUCUUAUCGCACCUUAGUGUCUAUACUUUGUUAAGAGUGGUGCCCCGCGUUUGUCGGUUCUGGAACCAGGCAUCAAGGGAUCGCGACCUCUGGGUCAAUAUAAACAUCCGUAACCAGCUACGACUUGAUGAUGGCGAUUUGAUACAGUUACUGUCCAGGACGGCUGGUCACACUCGGCAUCUCAAUGUGUCUGACUGUCGCUUGCUGUCAGACGUGGCAGUGCAGCAUGUGUUGUCCACCAAUCCAGCACUUGUCACCCUUAAACUGAUCAGGUGUUACAAUCUUACGGAUGAGGCUUUCAAUGUGACACAAAACACCCACCACACAGGUUUGAAGAAUGUGUAUCUGGAUGGAUGUAGUCGCUUAACAGAUACUGCUGUUGAGAGGGUCUCAAACCUGUUCCCCAACCUUGAGUGUCUUCACCUGAACCAGUGCACAAAGGUCACGGACGAAGCAAUUAAACUGCUGGCCAACAACUGUCCUCGACUGACAGUACUCCAGUUGGAUCACUGCUUACUGGUGACAGAUGCUGGUCUUGCCCAUAUAGCGAAACAGUGUCACAACAUGCAGAACAUGAAUUUGAUGUCAUGUGGGAUCACAGAUGACUGUGGGAUACACAUUGCCAAGAUUAUGACUCUGACCCACCUUGACCUGUCCAAUCUCCCGAGAAUCUCGCCGGGGACAGUGGUGUUCAUAGCCCGGCACUGCAGCCUCAUCCAGUGCCUGAACGUGUCCCUGAACAUGGCGAUAGGUGAUCAAUGUGUAGAACAGGUCGUCAUUGCCCUUCCGCGACUGAAGCGUCUGUAUUGCGUCUGCUGUUCCAUUUCAGAUGCAGGUCUUGAAGCCAUUGCCAAGCACUGUACCUGUCUGGAGUCACUGGACAUCGGGUGGUGCCAGUCGGUCACAGACCCUGGCAUUAGAGUGGUCUCCCUUGCUUGUAAAAUACUUGAGUACUUCGGGUUGAUUCGGUGCGACCAAAUCACUUCGGAAACCAUAGAUGAACUCGUAGUGGAACAUCCUCAUAUUAACUAUUCUACGUUUCUUUUAGACUCAAAACGACUGUUUGAAAAGGCACGUAGAGAAGGAUAUAAGUUUGAUAAAUGACUUGAUGGUGAACUUGGUUGUGAAAUAAAAGUUAGAGUUUGGUAUUGAAACCUAGAGAAAAUGGUGUAUUUAUUUCUUUAAGAUUCUAAUAUUUAUUGGAGAGAGUGAAUUAAGGAAGAGUAUAGUUUUGAGAUGAAAGUUUGGCCAUGAUACAAGUAUAGAAUGUAACACCUUGACUAACAGAAAAUGACAUACUUUUUCUCUUGAAUUCUGAAAUCUAUGCAGAGAGUGCAUGUUAAGUGACGAUUUGACAUGGAAUCUUUGGCAGUGAUGCACCAAAACUAUUGCAGUGUAAAAUGUAAUUCUUCAAGAGUAGUUUGAUCUGAUUAUCUGUGUAAGAACUACAGAAAGUGAAAAUAACCAGCUUGUGGUUGAAUAUUCUUUCAUUAACUAAUUCUUUAUACUUUUCGAUAGAAAAAUGUUGUUGAACAUGGUCAUGGAAACUUGACAAUAGGAACAAUACUUGUGAAAUACUAUCGGACAAGGUCAUGUGAUACUGGGAAGUAAGGCACACAUAAUAAUUAUAUCUUUUAAGUUAUGCUGUUUAUUUGUGUAUUUUACAUUUAUAAAAGUGUUUUUGAACUGUGUGAUAUCAGGUUAGGCUUGUUUUCUUUCUUCAUGUGGCUCUUAUUAAAUGCCCCUUGGCCCUCGAGAGAAUUUUUUCAAAAUAAUGCAAAUUUAAUUUCAAGUUCAGCAUAAGCAUUUCAUCCUCUUUCUUCGUUUUGUUGAUAAUUUUUCCCUCAAAAACAUAGGGCUAAGCCCUUUCCCCCAAGUCAAUAAAAAACGCCAUGUAAAACCUUCUGUCAAUAAUAUAUUUCUGUUUCUUACCUCCUACUGAAUACUUUUUUAUAAAGUACUUAUUAAGCACACAUUUUUGUUUACUUAUCCAGAUCACUUUGUUUGCUUAGCAUAGUUUCCAUUCUCCUGGAAAUAUUAAUUUACCGACAACAUUGUAUUUGGACAGUGAGAAACCAUAUGGCUAAUAAUAUAUCACUUAUUUGUAUAAAAAAAAAGGUAAUUAUGACCUUUGUUACCCAUCAAAUCCUUACCGGCAAAGGCCCAAUCGAAAAGCUUUAACCAACAUGAACCAUCAUGGACAUCUGUUUACUUUUUAGCUCAUUUGAGCACAACAUACUAAUUGUGUGCUUUUUUAUUUAUUUUUGUCUGUUGUACGUCGUUAAUAUUUGUCUUUUAAAUUCUCUUCAGGCCAUUUUUUACCUCAUUUAUAACAUGAAACUUUGUGAGAAUAUUUGUCAUAAAUAUACCUUGGUUGUGUUCAAAACUGGAUCAUGAGGUAUACAAAAACUAGGUCACAGGGCCAAUUUAAAGAAAAUCUUUAACACUCUAGAUGCCACAUUGAAUUCCCAAUCAAUAUGAAACUUGGACAGGAGAUUUUUCUUGACUCGUCUGAGUUCGACACUGGGUAAAAAAUAAAGUUAUAAUUUAUAAAAAAAGCUACUGAAUACCUAGGCCACAUUUAAUGCCUUAUAUUCAUGAAAUUUGGAACAUUUUAUCUGAAAGAUGACUCAUUCAAAUCUGGAUCCCAUGGAGUCAUAGACUAGGUCACAUCUUGAAACUUGGUCAGAACAUUUGUUAUCUCAUUUGGGUUUUAAAAUGGGUCACCUGGGGCCAAAAGGUUGGGUCAUUAUGUUAUAUGUUUAAAAAGGUUGUAACACAGAGGAGACCAAAUUUGUUUUUCUCCAUUAACCUUGAUAUGCACAUAUCUCACUUGAGAUUAACACUGGAUCACGUGAGAUCCAAAACUAGGUCACUAGGUCAAAUGAAAGAAAAAGCUUCAGAACACUCCAGAGAAAACAUGUGAUGCCCAGUCUUCACUAAACUUUGUCAAAUAAUGUUGUUUCAUGGAUAUUUAGGCGAGUUUAAAGCUGGGUCAUGUGGAAUCAGAAACUAUGUAUUAUGGUUUGAUUAAGCAAAAAGCUUAUUUACACUAGAGACCACAUUUAUUACACAAUCUGUGUGGUACUGUGUCAGAGUAUUUGUCUCAAUGAUAUCUCAACUGACUUUGAAACUGGGUCAGGUGGGGUCAAAAACAAGUUUGUUUGGUCAAUUUAUAGGAAAAGCUUAGUAAUACUAUAGCAACCAUAUUUAUUGUUUACUCGUAGAGACUUUUUCAGGAUAUCUGUUCAUAUGAUGUUCAAAAUGUGGUUAAUGUGGGGCAAAAUACUCAAGUCUUCAGGUCAAAUUAACGAAAAAUCUUGUAAACAUUCAAGGAGCCUCGUUUAAUGCCCAAUGUUCAGGAAACUUGGCCAGUAUAUUUAUCAAUGAAAGCUGGACUGAGUUCAAAACUGGGUCAGAUGGGGUCAAAUACUAUCCCACAAGGUCAAAUGAUAGAAAAUGCCCGUGAACACUUGAUUGCACAAAUAUUUGUAUUUCGCAGCUAAGUGAGAGGUGCUACAAGGCUGUUAUGUUUUCCUUAUAUUUUUUCCACUUAUCAUGUAACUUGCUAAAAACAUGGAUGAAUUGUCUUGUUAUGAUAUCUUAGCAUGGUUUGUUCAAAAAUAAGGAUUUUAGCAGUUUUUCCUUUGAAUUGUACUGUAAGACCUUGUGGACAGUAAAUCCAAAGAACAGUUUAGCUCUUUGGGGUCUCAGGUGAGCACCUUUGUAUUUAAUUUGUAUUUGUUACUGAAGUGCUGCUGUUGUUAUUGUUGACAUGUUACUGGUGAAUUUAUGUAUUUGUUGAAAUGCUUAAUUAUAUUGUUGAUGUUU